AUGUUUUGUGUGAUAAAUUACUUUUCCCAGAGGUUUGAUCUUAUUAAAAUAAGAUUAUUAACUAUAUACUUUAAUAAGUUUUGUGAAAUGGAAAAUAAGCCAGAAGCGGGGCAGCCGAGCGGUGGUAUCGAUAUCGCAACAUUCAAUCUAGACACGCCUCCAUCCUCUUUAAAGAGUGAUGAGCAAAUUAAAAGGCAUUCCAUAGACAUUUGUCUUGAAACAAAACCUGUGGAGAGGGCAUUGCACAUAUUUACGGUUGGAGAGGAAGUUCAAAAACUUAGUGUUAUUUCUUCUAUACCUGAUUUAUUUAGAGAGGAUCCGACGGGAUGCUUACAAAAGCUUUUUCCAAAAAUGCAACAGAGUUUGCCAAAUGCAAGCACAGAAUUCCAUGUUGCUACAAGUCAGACAGUCAAAACAAUAAUAGAAAAGAAGAUAAUCCCAACAGACAUGUUUGUUCAAACGUUUCUACAUACAAUCUUAUUAGGUUUGGAGCACCGAGAUGCUAUGGUAGCUGACGCCUGGUUAAAUUGCUUACUAGAAGUUAUUCCUUUUCUUCCUUAUAGUAUAUUAUCAAAAGAGAUUCAACCUGUUGCUGUACAAAGGGCUGCCAUCCAAAAAUCUGUGGCUAUUCGAAUUUCAGCCUGUAAAAUCAUCGGGGCUCUGAGCAAGAAGUACUCAGGUUCUGAAUUGAAACGAGAACUUCUUCCUAUUAUUCUGUCAUUAUGUCAGGAUGUGAAUGCCGACGUAAGAGCUACAAUAUGUCCACAGUUGUCACUUGCUAUACUCCCUAUUGGGACUGAAGCAGCUCGAACUAUGCUUUUACCUGUGAUUGUUGAUCUAGCAUCAGACGAAUCUCCUAAAGUCAAGGAAAUAGCUUAUACGACCAUUGUGGAUGCUGUUCCAUAUUUUUCCAUUGAAACUAUUAAGAAUGUUAUCCUGCCUCUUUUGAAACAGUUAUGUAACUACGCUUUUAAAUUUGAUGAAAAUGUUUUGGUGGCUGUUGCUGCAUCUUAUGGAAAGAUGGUGGUUGGUUUGGAGAGAGUUAUUGUCCAAUCUGACAAAGAGAGCUAUGUAAAAUCAUAUAUUUCUUUAGCUGAAAAAGGUAUUUUGCCUGGAAGAAAAGGAGCUCAAACUAAAUCUCCUGUUAAAUGUGAUUACCAGACUAAUUCUACAUUUUCGAAUGAGAAAUUGGUCGCAUGCAGACAACAUUGUGCCUAUAAUUACCCAGCUUUAGCUAAAUUUGUUUAUUCCGAUAACAAUAGAUAUCUCUUGGAUAUGUUGCAUAGAGUAUUUACUAAUUUUAUUGUCGAUCCUUACUAUUUAGUUCGAAGAACUGUUGCCUGUGCUUUCCAUGAGAUAAUUAAGAUAUAUGCGAAAUAUGGUGUUUUGAUGAAACCAGAAAUUAUUACUUUAUUAAAGGAUGAAGUAGAAGAAGUGAUUGAUGGCAUUGUUCCACAUUUGGGCCAGUCUCUUGUUGCAUUGGUUAGAGUUGGGGCUUUUGAAGCAGAACAGCAGGAUACAUCUGUGUCUGAAAUAGUGAGAUCUCUUUUAAAGUGUGAAGCUCAACUUUCUGGCAGUCAUAAUUGGAGACUAUAUUGCACUUUUAUCCAACAAUUGGAAGUACUUUGGUAUUUAUUCCCAUCGGAAGUAGUUUUUAACAAUUUUGUUUCUCUUCUCUUUAGAAGAAUAAAUUCUUGUCGAAUCCUCCCAGUACGAUUAGCCUGCAUGCAAACAAUCUUGGUCAAUCUAAGAUUUAUUCAGAAACCAAUGCAUCGAAAUGAAAUCCGAAAUAGGAUAGUGAAUGAUAUAGCCAAUAGCAACAACUUUUAUGACAGGAUGUUAUACCUUCAAGCGUGUGAUAUAAUACUCCUGUAUUUUUCCUCAGCAUAUUUUAAAGAACACUUCUUCAUUAAAACACUUCAAAUGGCAACUGAUCCAGUGCCAAAUAUACGGUGGGCUGUUGCUAGAUUAUUGCCUAAAUUACAUGCGACAGUUAAGCUUCCAGGUGAAAAAAAAUUGUUGGCCAUGAUUGAUACAGUAUUGCAACAACUGAGCAAUGAAAAAGAUCAAGAAACUAGUUUUAUGUUAAACAAAUCAAAGAGUCAAAUCCAGAACAUAACACCAAUGGACAAUACUGCGGAUGUGAGUAAAUAUGAAGAAGAAAAAAAAUUGGCGAAUCUUAAUCUAAAGACUGCCCAAACUUUUCCUGCUUCAAUUGUCAAGAUAUUCGUUCCAAGUGUCAAUGGAAUUUCACUUGAUGAAGCUGGUAUUGGUCUUCAGGGCAGUAUCUCUCCUAGAAGAUCUUUACAAAAAAUUUCCAGAACUAAGACCUCCAACACCUUGAAUACAGCCAACCCAGAUCAGGUAACAUUUACUGAUGAAGAUUUUCUUGUUGACACUGGUAUCAAAAUGUCUUUAAGUCAUAUGGGAAAACAUGACCAUCAAAAGGAAAAUUUGCACAAUGGUACCAGUGUAGUGGAUACAAUGGAACCAUGCAUUAUAGACGAAACUACUAAAGAAAACUCAGACAAUUUGAAUUCAAAUGUCACUUCUGAACAAAAUAAUGGAAAAGAUUCAGUUAAAAAGAAACUCGGCUUUAGACAUAAUAUACCUGUUAGAAAAAAAGUUGUGAGUGCAACUGAGGAUAGUUUGAAUCGUAAAUCGAGUGGUACGAUAGAAAAAAGGCAUAGCCUUGAAGUUAUGGAUGCCAAUAAAAACAUCAAUCUUUGCCAGGUUAAUGAAGAAGGCGCUACCAGUUCUACCGUCCAGAGAAGAAAGAGAUCACAGCUUCCUAGGCCUCUCUCUUGUGUUGUUCUUCCAGUGAGGAAUGGUAGCGUUGAGAAAGUCAACCCACCCAGUAGGCUUCCAGUUAUGAGGUGA